AUGACAAGUGAAGAUAAUUCAGGUCAUCGUUCAGUUUCUUGUAAAUGUGGUGUAUUUUGGAAAAGAGGAAGACCUUCUGCUCUAGAACGGCACAUUUUGGUUGAAUGCAAAGAAGUUGAACCACAAGUUAAAGAAGCUGUACGAAAUAUGGUAGAAGCACGUGAAAGAGAAUUAACUCAAAAUAAACGUAAAAGAAAAGCAACUGAAGAUCAACAAGAUAUUGAUAACUAUUUUGAAAGCUUAGCAUUAAGUAAUGAACAAAAAGCAAACUUUGAUAUUGCUCUUAUUAAGCUUUUUGUUUGUGGUGGGCUUUCUUGGCGACUUGUAGAGCAUCCUUUUUUUGUUGAAUUUGUUCAACAAUUGCGACCAUCUUAUAGUCCACCUCUUCGUAAAGCAUUAGCUAAUACAUUAUUAGAUAAUGAAGUCAUGCGUGUUCAUACAAAAAUUUAUAAUAUGCUAGAAAAAGAAAAAAAUUUAACUCUAG